GUUCCUCUCUCUUUCUCUCCCAGCAUCUUCUGGGGAGCCUCUAGGUGAAGCAGCACUAACAGCAUCCAUGGCCUAUCUUUCGGCUUAACACUUCUCUCCUUUGGCUUUGGUAGCAGACAGAGCUCGGUUCAGCAGCUGCAUUGUGAGGACUUAGCUGGGACCUGGAGUUGUACCCUCCUGUAUUUUUUCAGACUUCUUGGAAAUUAAGGAAUGCAAUUCUGCCACCAUGAUGGAAGGAUUGAAAAAACGUACAAGAAAGGCCUUUGGAAUACGGAAGAAAGAAAAGGACACUGAUUCUACAGGUUCACCAGAUAGAGAUGGAAUUCAGCCCAGCCCACAUGAACCACCCUACAAUAGCAAAGCAGAAUGUGCGCGUGAAGGAGCAAAAAAAGUUUCGAAGAAAAGCAAUGGGGCACCAAAUGGAUUUUAUGCAGAAAUUGAUUGGGAAAGAUAUAAUUCACCUGAGUUGGAUGAAGAAGGCUAUAGCAUCAGACCAGAGGAACCUGGCUCUACCAAAGGAAAGCACUUUUAUUCUUCAAGUGAGUCUGAAGAAGAAGAAGAAUCACACAAGAAGUUUAAUAUCAAGAUUAAGCCAUUGCAAUCUAAAGAUGUUCUUAAGAAUGCUGCAACUGUAGAUGAACUUAAGGCCUCGAUCGGCAACAUCGCACUUUCCCCAUCACCAGUGAGGAAAAGUCCGAGGCGCAGCCCGGGUGCAAUUAAAAGGAACUUAUCCAGUGAAGAGGUGGCGAGACCCAGGCGUUCCACACCAACUCCGGAACUUGUAAGCAAAAAACCUCCAGAAGACACCGUGGCUCUUGCACCCCUCUUUGGCCCACCAUUAGAAUCAGCGUUUGAUGAACAGAAGACUGAAGUUCUUUUAGAUCAGCCAGAGAUAUGGGGCUCAGGCCAACCAAUUAAUCCAAGCAUGGAGUCGCCAAAGUUAACAAGGUCUUUUCCCACUGGAACACCUCCACCACUGCCUCCAAAAAAUAUACCAGCCACCCCACCCCGAACAGGCUCCCCCUUAACAGUUGCCCCAGGAAAUGACCAGUCAGCCACAGAGGUCAAAAUUGAAAAACUACCAUCCAUCAAUGACUUGGACAGCAUUUUUGGCCCAGUGUUGUCCCCCAAGUCUGUCGCUGUUAAUGCUGAAGAAAAGUGGGUCCAUUUUUCUGAUACAUCCCCGGAACAUGUUACUCCAGAGUUGACUCCAAGGCAACAGGUGGUAUCCCCACCAGCUGCACCAGACAACCCAGCUGACUCCCCAGCUCCUGGAUCCCCUGGCCCCACAGGGCCUCCAGGACCCCCAGGGCCUCCUGGUCCUCCUCGCAGUGUACCAUCGCCACUCAAUUUAGAAGAAGUCCAGAAGAAAAUCACUGAGCAGACCUUCAUUAAAGAUGAUUACUUAGAAACUAUCUCAUCUCCUAAAGAUUUUGGGUUGGGACAAAGAGCAACUCCGCCUCCCCCACCACCACCCACCUACAGGACUGUGGUUUCAUCCCCUGGACCUGGCUCGGGCAGUGGUACGGGGACCACCAGUGGUGCAUCAUCCCCUGCUCGGCCUGCCACACCCCUGGUUCCUUGCAGCAGUACCACCCCUCCUCCACCUCCUCCCCGACCUCCAUCUCGGCCAAAGCUACCUCCAGGAAAGCCUGGAGUUGGAGAUGUGCCCAGACCUUUUAGCCCUCCCGUACAUUCCUCCAGUCCACCUCCAAUAGCACCCUUAGCCCGGGCUGAAAGCACUUCUUCAAUAUCGUCCACCAAUUCUUUGAGUGCAGCCACCACUCCCACAGUUGAGAAUGAACAGCCUUCCCUCGUUUGGUUUGACAGAGGAAAGUUUUAUUUGACUUUUGAAGGUUCUUCCAGGGGACCCAGUCCCUUAACAAUGGGAGCCCAAGACACCCUCCCUGUUGCAGCAGCAUUUACAGAAACAGUCAAUGCCUACUUCAAAGGAGCAGAUCCAAGCAAAUGUAUUGUGAAGAUUACUGGAGAAAUGGUGUUAUCUUUUCCUGCUGGAAUCACCAGACACUUUGCCAAUAACCCAUCACCAGCUGCUCUUACCUUUCGGGUGACAAAUUUCGGCAGGUUAGAACAUGUCCUGCCAAAUCCCCAACUUCUCUGCUGUGAUAACACCCAAAAUGAUGCCAAUACCAAGGAAUUCUGGGUAAACAUGCCAAAUUUGAUGACGCACCUAAAGAAAGUGUCUGAGCAAAAACCCCAGGCUACAUAUUAUAAUGUGGACAUGCUCAAAUAUCAGGUGUCUGCCCAGGGCAUCCAAUCCACACCGCUGAACCUGGCAGUGAACUGGCGGUGUGAGCCUGCCAGCACUGACCUGCGCAUAGAUUACAAAUACAACACCGACGCCAUGACAACUGCCGUGGCCCUCAACAACGUGCAGUUCCUCGUCCCCAUUGAUGGAGGUGUGACCAAGCUCCAGGCUGUGCUCCCACCAGCUGUCUGGAAUGCUGAACAACAAAGAAUAUUGUGGAAGAUUCCUGAUAUUUCUCAGAAGUCAGAAAAUGGAGGAGUUGGCUCUUUAUUAGCAAGAUUUCAGUUAUCUGAAGGCCCAAGCAAACCUUCUCCAUUGGUUGUGCAGUUCACAAGCGAAGGAAGCACUCUUUCUGGCUGUGACAUUGAACUUGUUGGAGCAGGGUAUCGAUUUUCACUUAUCAAGAAAAGGUUUGCUGCAGGAAAAUACUUGGCAGAUAACUAAUCAAAUUGUAUGCAAGGAUGUGGAGGAUCCAUAUAAUGGAGAACUGUAUAAGAAACAGGUUUUAGUUUCGGUUUGAUGAAAGCAAACCAAAACCUGCACUUGGGAUAUACCUGCUGGAAAUGUCUUUGACUUUCAGCAGUAAUUUCCCUCUCCCAAUACCGUGAUGACCCGUCCUACAGUAUUUACUUCUAGGUAUAAUAUUGUUAAUGGUUUUAAAUUGUAAUUAUUGUAUUUGUAUAUUGUACUCAUUCCAGUAAGGCAGUUAAACCCUUGAGUUUUAGCAUUUUACCAUUCCUGAAAUGGAUGUAAUUUAAACUGUGGUAUGUAAAUUUAAUAGUAGUACUGUUGAAUGGCACAAUGCUUACAGAGGUAGAUUGCAUUUUGUUGAUAUAUAAAAUUUAAAUUUAAUAUUGAAAGUUGUCAUAAUGGGGGUGCCACAUAAAAAGAAAAUUAAGUGGAACCAGAAAAAAACAAAUUUACUUUUCUUCAGUCCUUAGUAUGUUUUACUCUAGUGCUAAAUAAAAAUUCUAUCUUCAAAUGUUUAAAGAGUUAAUUGAGAAACUGUUUCAAAAAAAGAAUUCUAAGGUUGCAGCACAUUAAAAAAAAAAGCAUUAAUUACCACUUUUUAAAAAGCUUUUUUUUUCAAACUGCAAAUUUCAUAAAAAUGCAAACUGCGUAAACAGGGCCUCUUAUUUUUAUAACUCGUGUAAAAAGGGAAAGCAAUUCAUAUUUAAAGUUUAAGUAUAUAAAAUUAUAAUCAAAAGUAAAGGAGAUGAAGUCUUAACCACUUCCCCUCUCUACAGUUUAGCAAAUGUGACAAUUGCUGAAUAAUCAGACUGAAACCAAAAUUGUGGUUUUAAGAUUUCACGACUUUCCGUAGUUGCAGUGGCCAGCAAUUUCUGCACAUUGGCUCUAGACAGAGUCUCUCCAUCCAGCACAGGGAAUGGUAUUUCAUCUCUUCCUCUUUACCAACAAAAAUCAAAACAUUGAGACUAGAUGUCUUAGGCAAAAAUUUAGUCUCCUGUUUCAAUCCAGAAGGAGAAUUUUACUCAUCAUCAUUUAUAUCAUUUGGGAAGGAGGAAAAGCUCCACAAAUGAAAUUCUAAUCAACAUUAUAGAGCAAUAAAUUUCCUUUUAGGCAAUUAGGAUUCAUUGUAUGUAACUAUAAAUUUUUGCCAUUCUUGGGGAAUCAAGUAGAGAGGUAUCAAAAAGAUAUGUUAUAUCACUGCUGUAAAGUAAAAUAAAAACUGUGAUUACCCAGCUGGCCCAACAAUACAGGAAUUCAGGAAGGUGAAAUCUUCAGGGAUCCCAGUUGUAAAACCUUCCUCAUUGCAAUCUGAAAAUAUGACACUUCUUUUAAAUCUUAGAACUUACCUUAAAUAUAAACCCAGUUCCUUAUUAGGUUAUACUAUCAAAUAACUAAUGAUUAAGUUGUUAUAUUUAUCAUUAGUUGCUAAUUUUGAUUUUGCAUUCAAAUGUUUAACAAAAAUUCUUAAGCCCCUUUAAAUUUUAGAAUCUAAUUAUAUUUUUUUAAUCUUACUUUUAAAAUUAGAUUGCUUAUAGUAGAAGUGGCAAUGGUUUGUAGUAGAAGUUUUUAAAUUAACAUUUGUAUUUCUCAAAUAGUGCUUGUUUCCAAGAGAAUGAUCAAAAUUAUGUGUUUUAUCUUAGAAAAAUCUUUAUUAUUCAAACAAACUCCCAAUUGACUCCCCAAGCAGUCUGGUGAUAAAGUUUUUUUUUUUUUUUUUUGAGCAAACACAUUGUAUGCUCUUUCUAAGAGAAAUAUUCAAUUUGAUUCUGAAAACAAGAUAGAAAAUGAAAACGUAUAAAAAAAAAGAGGGGAAAUUUCACACACUGAAAUCAGUGGAGAAUAAGCAGCAGAAAAUUGAAAUUAUCCAGUAGAUGAAUAUAAAAAUGUGUUUUUAAGAAACUAAUUCAUGAAAGAGAUGCACUGAAUAUUAACACAAAGCAUAUUAAAAUGUGUAAAUAUUA